UGACAAGCAAUUUUCACUAAGUCACAAAGUAGCCGCCGUGGAGGUGCCGCCGUCUACAGUAUUUAACCCUAGGAUUCAAAUACAAUUUUUAUGCAUAAAUAAUAAUUCUAUUUAUUUAUAUCAAAAAACAGAAGUGGUCGUCCUCGCGUGGCUCGAACCAGUGCCGCCAUAAAAGCUGUUCGAGUAAGAAUUCGCAGAAAUCCCCUUAGAAAGCAGAAAAUCCUGUUCAGGGAAAUGAAUGUAUCGAUCAGAUCCAUGGCAAGACUAAUUAUAGUGAUGUCCACAUGAAAGCCUUCCGUUGCUUAACUGAUCAUCUUUUGACAAUGCGCUUGAAGAAAAUGAGGCUCGACAGAUGCAAGCAGCUUCUUCGGUGGCACGCGGUCAACGGCCAUGAAAAUAUUCUUUUCAAAUAUGAGAAAAUUUUCACUGUUGAGAAGUUUUCAAUAAGCAAAGCAAUAAAAUCUAUGCUAAAACGUCUGAAGUGUUCCAAGUGUUUAGUGUGGCCACCAUCCAGCCUCCGUAAUGGUUUGGUGGGGAGUGUCUUGUAAAGGCUUUACAUCUCUUUGUUUCUGUGAAAAAUGGGUUAAGACCGGAGCAAAAGUGUAUCAGGAGGAUGUCUUAGAAGGCGUGUUGAAACAGUUGGGCAGUACUCUUUUCAAUGGAGAGCGUUGGAUAUUCCAGCAAGAUUCCGCUCCAGUCCAUAAUGCAAAAAUCACACAGCAGUGGCUAAAAAACAAUAUUCCUGGGUUCAUAGCUGCAGCAGAUUGGGCGUCUGGAAGUUCAGAUCUGGAUCCAUUGGACUGCAGUUUGUGCUCAGAAUUGGAGAAAAUGGGUUGUCGUAGACUUCGCAGAAAUUUGAGGAGUCUCAAACAAUUUUUGGCUCAAGUAGCGCAGACAAUUUCCAUGGAAACCGAGCGUACUGUAUUAGCUGAAUGGCCUAAUCGUUUGAAGGCUUGUGUAAAAAAAUGCUGACCAUUUAGAAUGAAAAUUUAACUUUUAUUUAAUAUUUAAAUGAUUAAAUAAAAUUAACUUUAAUAAAAAAAGUAUUAUAAUUUCAUAUCUAUAACGGGCUUAACUUGUAGCAGAAUUUAUGGCAGGACCAAGUAUAUAUGAUUGAACCUUUUUUUGAGUUAAAAUUUGUACAAAAUUCGAAACUAUACUUUUUCAUGGUUUUGUUGUAGUACAAAUUAAGUUUUUAUAAAAAAAACAGUAUGCAAAAAAUGUAUAAAAACAAAAUUAUAAAAAAAUUAUAUUGAAAUAAUUUACA